CUGGAUUGUCGUUAACCGAUAGCUUCUGGAGAUUCGAGAAGUGGAAAAUGUGAAAGAUCGGAUAUCAGGUUUCUGCGCCACCGUGUCACCAUCAUGAAAGCGAAGCCGGUGUUUCUCCUCAUACUGACGUUCGGAGUGCUCGCACUUCUGUUUUUCAUGCAGGCCAUUGUUGAAGAAAAUUCUGACGCCUUCAACCCCAGGACUGCCCUAGAUCACAGCCCCAAGCAGGGAAUUCCAGCUCUGUUUGUAGAAAAUAAUUCCAGUGGGUCAAAUCCCCCAGCUUCUAACCGCCAUAAAGGAAACCCUGUCCUUACUGAUGGAAAUCUUAAAGAAGCAAAAGAGCUACAGCAGCUGCAGCAGCGCUUUCCACUGAAGCAGCUCGUUAACCAGGUUCAACCACAAAUGACACCAAGAAUGCUCGGCCCCCGUUUCCAUCAUGCCUCCCCUUGGGCAGGUAUUCACGAGGAGCAAGAGCGGAGGAAAUUGUUUCUCCACAACUUCUGUGAAAAGUACAAUAGCAACCACCACUCCAAAUUAGACCUCACAGAGAUAGUGUCCCGAAUCUAUGUGGAGGACAAACACAAAAUCCUCUACUGCGAGGUGCCUAAGGCAGGCUGCUCGAACUGGAAGCGAACUCUGAUGGUGUUAAACGGCCUUGCACUGUCAACAGAUGAAAUCUCCCACAAUGCUGUGCAUUAUGGGAGGCACCUGAAGAAACUGGACAGCUUCGACUCAGAAAGGAUUCGUGAGUACCUCGACAACUUCACGAAGGUUGUUGUGGUCAGAGACCCCAUUGAGAGGCUGGUGUCAGCCUUCCGGGACAAGUUCGAGCAGCCAAACCCCUACUACCACCCAGUGUUCGGGCGAGCAAUUAUCCGGAAAUACAGGGAGAACGCCACGCUGGAGGCUCUGAGGUCCGGCUCGGGGGUGACUUUCAGAGAGUUUGUGCGGUACCUGCUGGACGCCGAGCGCCCGGUGGGAAUGGACAUUCACUGGGAGCCAGUGAACAACCUCUGCUUCCCCUGCCUUAUAACUUACGAUUUUAUCGGCAAAUUUGAAACGCUGGAACAGGAUGCAAAUUAUUUCCUCAGACUGGUCGGUGCCCCCAAAGAUCUAAAGUUUCCUGCUUUUAAAGACAGACAUUCAACCGAAGAAAGAACUACAUCCUUAGUUGUUGACCAUUACCUUCUGCAGCUGUCCCCCUUAGAAAGACAAAGGGUGUACGACUUCUUUUAUCUAGAUUAUUUCAUGUUUAACUAUAAAAAGCCAUACAGCAAUGAAAAAAUGGUCUUUUGA